AAUAGAACUCCAACAAAAAUUAUUCGCAUGCCCGACAGUAGAACCUCACUUUUCUUAAAAUAUGCAGUGCGCAAUUUUUAUAAGCUAAACGUUUGCUUAUAAAAGAUUUUGUUUUUCAAGAGGAAAGAACAACAUGAAAGCUUCUAUAAUACCCGCUAUUUUUGUAAUGCAUCCGUGGAACGUAACUUAGCGACCAACGCCAAACAAUCAGCUUGGGAUAGCUACCUUGUUGUUACUAGGUAACGCAACAUUGGCAGACAAACGCCUCAAUUCUUGUGCAUCAAUGUAAAAAAAGAAAAGCUUCGAAGGGUUGUCUAUUUAAAAUGGUGAGCAAAAAUGAACCAAAGUCAGCUGGCGCUAAAACGGGAAAACCGGCGAAAGGAGGCAAAGGUAAAAAGACUGGGAAGAAGAAUGUGUCCCAUCGUAGUGCUUUACUUCUGGAUGGAUUACCAGUAUCGGAAAUGUCAAGAGAUCAGCUUCUCAAUCACUUAACUAGACUUCUUGAUCAACUGGAAAAAGAACGUGAAGAGCGCAAUUUCUUUCAACUGGAACGUGAUCAAAUUUAUGGUUUCUGGAAAGUCGCAAAAGAAGAAGUUGAGGAUACCCGAGCCCGUCUCAGGAAUAAAGAAAAAGAGUUAGACGACGCAGAAGAAAUACGACAAAAGGACAUAGCAGUGUACAAGCAGCAAAUAAAAUGCCUGCUUCAUGAACACCAGACAACUUUGGCUGAAUCGCGGAACGAGCAACAAACUGCUUUAGAGCAAGCUCAUUUGGAACAUCAGGAGCAAGAGCAAAUACUGCGUCUAGAACAGCAGCGUUUAAAAGAGGAAAUACGUCAGCUUAGUCUUCAACAGCAACUUACGGUCGACAAGAUCAAAUUGGAGCACUCGAAAAAAAUGAGCGAGAUGCGUAAAAGUCUAGAGCACGAAGCAAGACAACUUGAGCUCAAGUUCCAAAAUCAGACGGAAGCGCAAAGGAACGAACUAGAAAAGCGAAGGAGGAGCGAUUUGCAAGAUGUUGAUACAAAAGAUCAACAGCAUUUGGCCGUACUGAAAAUCAAUCACGAGCAGGCAAUAAUAAAUCUGAAAAACUACUUCAACGACAUCAUUCUCAACAACAUGACACUUAUCACCUCUAUGAAGGAACAAUUGUCCGAAUUUCGUGUUAAAGAAGAAAGAUUGGAGAAGCAGUUUCAUAGGACUGAUAGAGAAAUAAAGCACCUUCGUGAAAAAUGCGCGCAAUUGGAGAGAAGUAACAAAGAAUUGCAGAAAGACACAGAAAACUGGCUGCACGCUAAAACUUCUCUUCAAGCGGCCAAGGGUCACGCUAAAACAAUGUCUAAGCAGCUUGAAGAAGCAGUAUGGCAACGUGAAGUAGCUGAGCAGCGUUUAGCGCGAACUAAAACUGAACGAGAUGAGUUGGAAGAAAAUUUUAUGGCUGCCAUACUGGAGGUGCAACAGAAAGCUAAUUUGAAGCAACUCGUUCUAGAGAAGAAAUUAGAAUCUUUACAAGAAACUCUCAAGUGUAAGGACAAUGCUUUGAAGCAAUUUACCUCGCACGGUCCGGGUUCAAACGGUGAUGGGGGUACAAAUGCGUCUGGCGAAACUGUAUCAUCAUCUUUGAGAGAAGGGAGGAAACAGACAGUGGUUAAAAUGAAUUUUGAGGCACCACACCACGAGGAGCUUCCAGAUAAAUCAUUUCAAUCUUCCAAUGAAAGUUUAGCAGCUGUUGAAGAAAGAAUCAGCAUCAAAUCUGGUUCUGUCAAAUCAGUUGUAGGUUCAACAAAGUCUACAUCAGCAGUUCUGGACAUCAAUGAUGCUGGUGUUGGAACCAGCACUCAACGAAAACUAAAAACAGCCAACUGA